AUUACAACCAGAUUUCCUUCAAAUCCCCCCUCUCUCUUCAUCAUCAUGAUAUGAUCAGUAUCAGUGUUCACCAGUUUACUCUUUGUCUAAUCCAAUCUUUCUCUGUUGUCUUUCUUUAUUGGUUUUACUUUUUCCCUUGAUCCAUAUCUUCUACUACUACUCCAAAUACAUUAAUUAUAAAUGGACGAGAUGACGAUUAAGAAGAGAAAGAGAAUGAUAUCCAACCGGGAAUCUGCAAAAAGAUCGAGAAUCAAAAGAGCACAACACAUGCAGGGUCUCGCCAAUUGGGUCGUCCACUUUGAGGCCGCUAAUACAGAGAUUCGUCUCAGAUUGAGUUCCAUCAAACAGAGAAACGACGUCGUUCAGUCCGAGAAUCAAGUGCUCAAUACCCAGCUUUACGAGCUUCAGAUGCGCCUGGACAUUCUCUCUUCUUAUUUGUACACCCAGCAGCAGCUGCAGAUCACGUCGGCGGCGGCGGAGGCUGUUAGAAACUGCCAUGAAUUUCCAGUUCAAAAUCUCAACUUUUUUCAUCCUCUUGCCGGAAACUCAUUUUACUAG